AUGAAUUGUUGCUUUUUGAUACCUUUUGUGGUCGGAAUUCCUCUCCUAAGACCCUGCCUUACAGCCACAGAAAACUCGAAACCACAGGAAGUUAAGCAGCCAGUGGGAUCUCGUCUGAGAGCCAGGCGUGGCUGGGUGUGGAACCAGCUUUUCGUACCAGAGGAGAUGAAUACGACUAGGCAUCACGUUGGCCGGCUAAGAUCUGAUUUAGACAAUGGAAAUAACUCCUUCCAGUACAAGCUUUUGGGAGAUGGAGCUGGGAGUAUUUUUGUCAUUGACGAAAGGACAGGUGACAUAUAUGCUGAACAGAAGCUCGAUAGAGAAGAACAGUCCCUCUACACUCUGAGAGCGCAGGUAAUAGACACCACUACUGGAAUGGCUGUGGAACCUGAGUCUGAAUUUGUCAUCAGAGUUUCGGAUAUCAAUGACAAUGAACCAAAAUUCCUAGAUGAACCUUAUGAGGCCAUUGUACCAGAGAUGUCUCCAGAAGGAACAUUAGUCAUCCAGGUGACAGCUAGGGAUGCUGAUGAUCCUUCCACUGGCAAUAAUGCUCGUCUCCUAUACAGCCUACUACAAGGACAGCCAUAUUUCUCCAUUGAACCGACAACAGGAGUCAUAAGAAUAUUUUCUGAAAUGGAUAGAGAGCUUCAAGAGGAACACCGGCUAAUUGUUCAAGCCAAGGACAUGAUUGGUCAACCUGGAGGACUUACUGGAACAACGAGUGUAUUAGUUAGACUUUCUGAUAUUAAUGAUAAUAAGCCUAUAUUUAAAACAACGUUCUACCGCCUGUCUGUCUCUGAAUCUGCCCCCGUUGGGACUUCUAUAGGAACAAUCAUGGCAUACGAUAAUGACAUAGGAGAGAAUGCAGAAAUGGAAUACAGCGUAGAAGAUAUUUCACAAACAUUUGACAUCAUCACUAACAAUGAGACCCAAGAAGGAAUAGUUAUAUUAAAAAAGAAAGUGGAUUUUGAGCACCAGAAUCACUAUGGCAUUAAAGCAAAAGUUAAAAACUGCCAUGUUGAUGAACAUCUCAUGAAAUAUCAUGCUGAAGCUUCCACCACUUUCAUUAAGGUCCAGGUGGAAGAUGAUGACGAACCUCCCGUUUUCCUCCUCCCGUAUUAUGUAUUUGAAAUUUUUGAAGGAAACUCCUAUGGAUCCUUUGUAGGCAUGGUGUCUGCCACAGAUCCAGAUCAUAGGGACUCUCCCAUCAGGUAUUCUAUUACCAGAAGCAAAAUGUUCAGUAUUGAUGACAAUGGUACAAUCACUACAACUCACCCUCUUGACCGGGAGAUUAGCGCUUGGUACAACCUAAGUAUUACAGCCACAGAAAAAUACAAUGUACAGCAAAUUGUUGAAGUCCCUGUGUAUGUUCAAGUUCUUAAUAUCAAUGAUCAUGCUCCUGAGUUCUCUCAAUACUAUGAGACUUAUGUUUGUGAAAAUGCAGACGCUGGCCAGGUAAUUCAGACCAUCAGUGCAGUGGAUAGAGAUGAGUCUUUAGAAGAGCACCAUUUUUACUUUAAUCUAUCUGUAGAAGACACAAUGAACUCAAGUUUUACAAUCAUAGAUAAUCAAGACAACACAGCUAUAAUUUUGACUAAUAGAACUGGUUUCAGCCUUCAAGAAGAGCCUGUCUUCUACAUGUCCAUUUUAAUUGCUGACAAUGGAAUCCCACCACUUACGAGCACAAACACCCUUACUGUAUAUGUCUGUGACUGUGAUGAGAAUGGCAGUACACAGAUCUGCAGUAACAAGAAACGUAUGCUUUCCAUGGGAUUCAGGACAGAAGCCGUAAUUGCUAUUCUAAUCUGCAUUAUGAUAAUAUUUGGGUUUAUUUUCUUGAUCCUUGGUCUAACACAAAGACGAAAACAGACUCUAUUUCCUGAGAAAGGUGAGGAUUUCAGAGAGAAUAUAUUCAGGUAUGAUGACGAAGGCGGAGGAGAAUCGGAUACAGAGGCAUAUGACAUUGCAGAGCUGAGGAGCGGCACCUUCAUGCGGGAACGCAAGACUCGGAAACACACCACCUCGGAGAUCCACAGUCUGUACAGGCAGUCUCUGCAGGUGGGCCCAGACAGCGCCAUAUUCAGGAAGUUCAUUCUAGAAAAGCUCGAAGAAGCUAACACUGAUCCGUGUGCUCCUCCUUUUGACUCCCUCCAGACCUACGCUUUUGAGGGAACAGGGUCAUUAGCUGCAUCAUUAAGCUCCUUGGGAUCCGAAAUUUCUGAUCAGGAUGAAAACUAUGAUUACCUUAAUGACUUGGGACCUCGCUUUCAAAGAUUAGCUUGCAUGUUUGGUUCUGCAAUGCAGUCAAAUAAUUAAGGUUUUUCUUUUUAUUAUUAUUAAAAUGUAAAAGAUCCUAAAGUGUGCAUGGGUAAAUUGGUAGUCUCUUGGUAAAGAGGUAAACUACAUGUGGUGAUAACGCCCUUGGUUGUGUACUGAUAAUCGGCUCUAUUUUGGUAUAUAUGGUUUGUUGAUUUCCUUGGCGUGCGUAGCCGGUGGAA